AUGUAUAAGGAAACGGGAGCUACGCCUCGCGCUAUCCAGAUAAAUGGGGGAAUUGUGAACUGCAUGGCUCUAUCGUCACAACGAUUACUGUGGUGUAGUCAAAGCAACGGCAGUGGGCCGGCAGUCAUGUACGCAUGGGAAUGUGGAGAAGAGGAGCCCAACAUGCAUCCGCUAGUGGAAAUGGGAUUUGUGCCCAUCCUUCUUUCCGUAUUCCAAGAGAAAGUUGCGGUUAUUGGAGAAUCGUCAGCAGCUCUCUUCACGUGGAGCUCUGCGUUGUCUUUCGGACACGGAAACGAUGAUUACGGAGAUGAUGAUGACGAUGACGCGGAUGAAGUGCUUCUCUUAAAUGAAGAGUUCCUUUGUAAUGGUGUUCCACCUGGUGCCACCCAUGUUGUGUGGUCUACCGACGGCACUACCAUAGCUGUGUGUUCUCCUUGUGGAAUUACUUUGGUAGAUUGCCGAUUACGGUACAAUCUUGCGGAUGGUGUGGCACCUACCCUGUUGCUUCUGGACUGCAGUUGUUGGUACGGUGAAGCCGGUGCAGCAUUCGCUGCCUUUGGCGGCAGCAUUUUGUUUGCCAUUUCAAGGGGAAAUCAUCUAGUAAGUCUCCACUGUAAUGAAGAGUGGUGGAGUGUGGAACCUUAUCUCCAAAGGGAUGGUCAUAUUAUAACUCGAGCUCAACAGGUAACAUGUUUUGCGGUUGGAGGUAGUGAGGAAGGACAUCUUGUUGUUGGUUUAUCAGACGGCACAAUAAAGUUGGUUCAGCAGGAUAAUUUGCAGGUUUUUUUCGUCCUUGAUGUGACGAAGCAGAUAUAUCGGGAUGUCGAUAUACCAGAGCAUGUAUCCCUUUAUGGAGGGGUCCGUGUGAUGGAAGUGGUCGUUGGUCGGUCGAUAAUGGUAGUAAUGCGCACAGAUGCGGUUGUUUACUACAACAAAAAUUCGAUGGAAUUAUUAGACAGUAAUACGUUAUUUUUCGGUGAGAAAACUCCACAGAUUUCUGCGGCGUCAAGAGAUGGCUCAUGGUGUGCCUUAGUAUCGGGCACGCAAGAGUUGUUGUACUUGUCUGCCGUGGAUGGUAUUUUGGGAGAUGGAUGUGAUGAUUCUUUUGAUCCUUCCAGCGACAUCAUGCACGCACGAUUUCCAUUGCCCCCGCAUCUACUGGAACCCCUGCAAUUACCUCCCCAACAUAAUCAGCAGAAGGUCCCUUCCACCCGGAACACCGGAAAAUUGAGCGUUGCAAGAGAUAAAAAGAUGCCUACGGAUAAACCGGUGACGUUUGGACGCCCUAUCAAAAGUAGCGGUUACACCGCCAGUGUCCCGUGGAGUGUGCAACAGCGGCAGAAGAAGUUGCGUGAAAGGGCUACAAGGGCACCCAAGCAUCCGUCCACAGCCGUUGCCGUUCCACGAUACAAAUUUUUGCCACUGUCCAACCGACCUCUUCAGCCGAUGACAGCCGCUAAUAGAUUUCUUCUUUCUUCUCCCAUUCACCGUGCUGUCAUAACAUCGGCUAAAUUUACCGCCAGUGGCUCUGCACUGGUAACUGCAUCUGGUGACGCAUCGGCUUUUAUGCUGAAGAUGCCGGUGGCAAAGAAUGAGGGCGACGGAACGGCAUUACGGGUACAUACUGCACCCCUGAGCUCUAUAGAUGCUAAUAUGUCUCUUAACGCACCUGUUGUGGUCACAGGCUCAUGCGAUGGUGUAGUGGCCGUGUGGCGGCCUACAAAGCGCGCUUCGCCUUAUAUCGUACAGAAGGUGGGGAGGGACGUGCGAGCAGUUAAAUUUGUUUACACGGACAAGUUUAUAUGCUAUGCCACUGCAAACAGCGUAAAUUUCUGUCGUUAUUGUUUGGAUGAUGGUGGAGGGGAUUUGGAUAGGAAGCGGAAUGAAUCAAAGAUGAAGCCCGCACUCGAGUUUACAGUACCCUCGGCGCAGCACGUGGUCGGGGUCGACGCUAUCAAUCACUUCGCCUCCAAUGUUGUGGUGUGGGCAGCGUCAAACAAGUCAUUCGGCGUGUAUGACUUACAUGUUGGGCAAAACAUUAACGUGAUAGAGGAAGCACACACGCGACCCAUACACAGCGUGGCGUUGCUGACAGCUGGCCGUUACGCCUCUAUCGGAAGCAAUCACCUCCACAUGUGUCUUACAGCGGGAAUGGAUAGUACAGUGCGUUUGUGGGAUAUUAGGCAAAAGCGCUCUGUUCGUCAGCUCGCUCAGCACCGCAGCAAUGCGACAGCCGUCGGGGUUGCGUUUUCGCCAACCGGUGCCCUCGUAGCCGUUGGAAGCGAAACUCGUAAUGUCUUUAUUUAUGAUGUAGGUUCUGGUGCGGUUUUGGACAAACUGCCAGUCACCGAUACGGCGACAGCCAUCUGUUGGCACCCCAUAGAAAAUGUGCUCGCCAUUGGAACAUCAAAUGGUGGAGUCCAGUUGAUGGGGCAACGGUAA